AUCCAACAUGAAGUAGCUCCUCGGAAUAUUUCGCCAGCUGUGAUAAAUUCUAACUAGAUUGCAUAAACCAGAGAAUGUCUUUUGAAAACUCUCUAGAAAUAAGCUCUUUUUGAAGACGAAAGCUAAGAAAUUAGCUAACAGCACAACUUACUCUGUAUUUGGCAGAUAGAAAUGCAAAUGCUGUGCCUCAACUAAACUCCUAACGUAUUAUCGCUCACCGAAAAACGAGUCAAAAUGUUCAAAGCCUCGGGAUAUUUCAAGUCUCAUUUAUGUCCCUUUUAUGCUAACGGUCUUUGCGAAAGACCUCAUUGUCACUAUAAGCACUCUACGUACUCGGAGAAAGCUAUUCCCAAAACUAGCACUCUCAUAGCAUCUUUAAGUGCAGCUGUACGCAAAACCCAAAGAGAAAUUGAUGAAUACAAAAAGCGUUAUAAACAAAGUAAAUUGAAGCCAGCCUUAAAUUUUCAAGCCGUAAACCGAGCCCCAGUAGCUUUUUAUAAACCGACACCUCGACAUCUACUUAAAUCUCAAUCGGACUCUAGUAAUAAGACACCCUCCACAAGUGACUAUGUUCCGACACCAAAAUAUGAACCGCAGGCGCUAAAGAGGAAGAAAGAGGACAACUCUGAUAUAGAAACAAAAGAAAAGCGACCAAGAACCGAGAAUAAUUCUUGUAUUAACAACCAUUCACAUAAUAAAAUUGAUUUUGAUGAUACUUUAACGGAAACGGAUUACGCAAUCGUUAAGCAAAUCAGUAAAGUCAAUUGUAAAGGUUGUCCAGAGAAAACUACCGAAAGUGAAACUGCCGUUAAUGUUCAUAGUGAGGCUAAGGGCAAUCCUUCAAAAGCUGAUCAAAUUGAAAACUCUGCUGGCAUUAAUAAAUGUCCUAUGGAGAGUCUAAAGAAGGAAUCGAAAGAGGAAGAUAAAUCUUCAAUUAGUGAGAAAAUAAUUAAGACCGAAGCGAUUGAGAAAGAAAAGAAGGAUUUAACAGGGGACCGAGAGAUUGAUAGAGAAAUUGAGAAGACGACUAGUACCAAAGAUUCAAAGGAUAAUGGAGAAGGCAAUAAAGAUAGCAAGAAAAAAUCAAAUUCUAGUUAUAAAAAGAAGAGUCGUCGACAUCACCAUUCUGAUCGGGAUAAAAAGAACGAGGGUAAAAAAUCUGACAAAGAAAUAGACAAGAGUCAUGAGCAUGAAAAAUCAAGAGAUAAAAAACGUUCAGAAGAUAAAAAACACUCUUCUAAUAAGUCUGAAAGUAAAUCGAAAAAUAAGAAGGAUGAGAAGAAAACAUCUAAAUCGAAAAACGAUUCUAAAAAUCAGAAACCCAAACGUAUAAUAAGUCACGAAGAAUUAUUCGGUGAUUCAAGUAGUGAUAAUGAAACUAUUGUUUGCUUGCGAGAUAGCGGAAAAAAAGCUACUCCUAAUAUAACCGACCCCAGUGUUUCAACAUCUGCCAAGAAAAAUGAUUCAUUAUCAACCGAAAGUACCCAAUUUUCAGACAGUCAAUCUAAACAUAGAAUAGCUCACGCUGGUGCUGAAAAGGUAAACCGUCAGCUACCUAAACCAGUUCAUGUACCAUCGCCUGUGGAAGUCAUGCAAAAUAGAUUAUUACAUUAUCGUCAAAUGCGAAACGAGAAGGAUAAAGUUAAUGCGGCGACAAAUAAAAAGAUGGCAACUCCAUGUGGUACUAUUAAUAAAGACGGGAAGACUAAACGGGUGGCUCAUAAUCCUGGAGUAAUUAAGAAGCCUAUAAUAAUUCCGGAUUCAAAAGGAAUUGUACCUACAAACGUUAGGCAGAGAUAUUUGAAUCUGAUAAUAGAAGAGUUUUUAAAAAUGGGUCUACAGGAUAAAGACGCGUACCCUCAGGCGGAGAAUGAGGAAAAACAACUCUGCGCAAGAGCUCCAAGUAAAAAAGGGUAUUUGAAUCUCGCUAUAAACUUGAUUAAUCGCUUGAGAAAAGCGAACGAAAAGCCGGAUAUCAAACAGAGCAAUAAUAAAGAAUCAGUUUUGACACACUCAAUGAUUCUAGGGGGGUAUAAAGCGCUUACGACGAAUUAUACUGUGCGACGCUCUGGAGCUCAAUAUGACUUUUCUGGAAAAUUAAAAGCGUCUGAUUUAUAUAAACAUCUAGAAAAACAUAUUUUAACUGCACAACAAUUAAAGGAAAAUGGCUUUCCCCUUGUUAAUCCUAAUGAUCAAACCAAAGUUGUUAUUGAUACAAGUCUAAGGCCUCCAAAAUCUUUAAAUAAAUUAUUAAAACCGCAAGAUAAAAUAUGCAGUAGAUGUGGCGAGGUGUUUUCUAUUCUAGAAAGUGGACAAUACGAAAGCGAAAGAGAAUGCGUUUAUCAUUACGGAAGGUCUUAUAGAAGAAGAGUUGCUGGUUCGGUUGAUAAUCGUUAUACAUGUUGCUCUGGUGAUUUGAGUGCCAAGGGGUGUUGCUUUGCAAAGAAUCACGUUCAUGAUUCGAAUAAAUACUUGGAUUUCGAAGGAUUUGUGCAGACACAGCCGCACUCAUUCAAAACAAAAGAAGAGUGCGGAGUUUAUGCCGUUGAUUGUGAAAUGGUUUAUACUGUUAAAGGAAUGGAAUUAGCAAGAGUUACGUUGGUUGACUCAGAUUUUGAUACAGUUAUUGAGAUGAAGGUUCUUCCCUCUACUCCUAUUAUUGAUUAUAAUACUAGAUUUAGUGGACUAUCGGAAGAAAACAUGAAAGGUGUGACCUACAGUCUACAAGAAGCUCAAGAUAUAUUGCGGGAUAUUAUAUCAUCGCGAUCAAUUCUUAUUGGACACAGUCUAGAGUCUGAUUUAAUAGCUUUGAAGAUUAGUCAUCGAUGUGUGGUUGAUACUUCAGUGAUAUUUCCCCAUAAGCUGGGACCGCCUCAUAAAAGAGCAUUAAAAAACUUGAUGAGUCAGUAUUUGCAGAAAAUAAUCCAGAACAAUGUUGAUGGCCACGAUAGCAAAGAAGAUGCUGUAGCAGCAAUGGAGCUAGCUAUUUGGAAAGUUAAAGAAGAUUUAAAGGCUAAGAGAGUGGUGUCGUGA